UGAGGUGUGAGACAGGCCGAGUGCAUGGAGAGGCAGUGUGCAGCCUGCCUAUGGUCUUCUUGUGGAGAGCAUGCAGGAUCAGGUGUGAGUGAUCUGCAGAACGUACACAGGUGUGAGGGAGCGGGCAAGGAACACGAAGGAGACAGACGCUGCAAAUAAGCAAGAGACAAAAGGAUAUUGUGGCCCAACAGGGACAGAGUGACAGCAAGAGUAUUAGGUCACAGGGCGGAGUAGAGAGAAUAGCAGGAACAGGUAGGAGUGCUGAGGUAAUGGUAGGGUGGGGCAUGGAAGCCGAGACAGGCUGAGAACGUGGAGAGGAGGCCACUGACGGGCAGGAAACUUCCUUCUGUACCAAGAGACCUUGUCAAAGCUUUGACAUAUCGGAAAGAGAGGUCCAGUUAGACAGGUGGGGGAGCGUGCCACGUAUAGCGUACAGGUGGAGCGCCUCAGGUGAACCAGACGCUGAGCAAAGGCAGGUUCGCAACGUGGGAGAUUGCACUUCCACUCUCAAAGCUUGAAAAUGCAGGACAGUCACUUCCUUAUGUCGGCCCUGCAGCCAAACACCGAUAUCAGCUCGCUGGCGCUGCCUACGGAUUCGCAACUGGACCGGAGACUGCGGGAUGAGAGCCUGGAGCUGCGCAACGCUCGAGUUCAGGAACAGGUCCGAGUACGGAUGAUGCAAAAGGGACAGAGUUCAUCGAAGAACAACUCCAACUACUCAGACGGCUACUCCUCUCGCUCCCAGUACAGUACUAUGCCAAAUUCCUACAGCUCCCGCUCCCAGAUCCUCGGCAAUGAUCAAAGGAUAUCUUCCGCCCGAUCUUCUUCUGGGUAUGGCACCAUGGGAGGCAUGCGUACAAACUACUCUUCCCGCUCUGCUGUGGAUCUUGGAGGAACACAAAGAAUCAGCGUACCUCCACAGCAGCAAAGACAACAGCAAUACUCUACCUAUCGUCCAGCCUCCUACCAUGAACGAGUGUACCCAAGCAAAAGAGAAUAUGACACCAUGUCUCUAAGGUCUUUGCGCAUUGGAGAUGGUGAAGAAAGAUACGACCACGGGUCUUCUAAUUCAGGCUUCUAUGCACGCCAGAUGUCUUCUGCAAGCGCAGGGCCAGCAAUGCAAAGGUCUCAGUCUGGAAACCUUACCCAGGAUGGCGGCACCUCGUGGGUUGAGCGAGCAGAGGUGGCACAGACUCGCACAAUCCGGGCUCCUGCAAUGCGCACCUUACAACGCUUUCAAAGCUCCAACCGUGCCCGGGUAGCAUCUGGUUCUUACGGCACUUUGGCCCCACAGCAGAUUCAGCAGCAACAAAGUCUUGUAGGCAACAGUUAUGUAUCUAACGUAACUGAACACACCCCUCGGGCUCCGUCCAUGCGGAGCCUGGCGGAGUCUGCGCACCAAGUGCAAGAAUUAAGGGGCAUGGAUGUAUUUGAUGGAAACAAGAGUUUGAUGAGUCAACAUUCUUUUACUAGCGGGUUUGAUGACAUGAGCAUGCCAACUGCUGUGAAGUAUCUGGUGGCUGAUGAUGACCCAAGCCUGCAGGUCAUAGGAGCAGCGUAUAUACAGCAUCGGUGCUACAGUGAUACAGAAGCCAAAAAGCAGGCUCGAAGCUUGCAAGCUAUACCAAGGCUAAUAAAGCUCUUUAAUAACCCAAACCAAGAGGUACAACGCCAUGCUACAGGAGCCAUGCGUAAUCUUAUCUACGACAAUACCGAUAAUAAAAUAGCGCUUGUCGAAGACAAUGGUGUAAAUGAGCUUCUACGGGCACUGAAAGAGCCAGAUGAUGAGCUCCGGAAGAAUGUGACGGGAAUUUUGUGGAAUUUGUCAUCAAGUGACAACUUGAAAUCUAGAUUGGCACGUGAUACUCUGGGACCUUUAACAGAUCGUGUGCUGUCUCCAUUGUCUGGAUCUCCAGGAUCUGCUCUUAUCCAACAGAACGCAUCAGAAUCUGAGAUCUUUUACAAUGCCACUGGCUUCCUCAGGAACCUGAGCUCAGCUAAUGAGGAGACUCGUCAGAAGAUGCGGGAUUGCCCUGGUCUGCUGGAAUCCUUGGUUGGCUACACAAACCAGGCAUUACAAGCUGGAAAAGCUGAAGACAAGAGUGUGGAAAAUACAGUAUGUGUACUGAGGAACUUGUCUUACCGACUUUAUGAUGAAAUGCCACCAUCCAGUCUGCAAAGGCUAGAAGGGACCCAGCGGGGACGGACUACAGCUGGAGAUGCCAUAGGGUGUUUCACCCCACAGAGUCGCAAACUUAAAGAGCAGCAGCAGGGCACGGACUAUGCAACCUUUGCCGAGAUCUCUAAGGAUCCAAAGGGAAUGGAGCUACUGUGGCACCCACAGAUAGUCAACCUGUACAACCGACUACUGCAGCAGUGUGAACUCAACAGGCAUACCACAGAGGCAGCCGCGGGGGCUCUACAGAACAUCACUGCUGGAGACCGCAAGUGGGCAGCCGUUUUGAGCCAGGUGGCAUUGGAACAAGAACGUAUUCUUAACCCAGUUUUGGAUCGUUUGAGGACUGCAGAUCACAGCCAACUGCGUUCUCUCACAGGUCUUAUCCGCAACUUGUCUAGACAUGCCAAAAACAAGGAUGAGAUGUCCACCAAGCUUGUGAGUCACCUUCUCGAGAAGCUUCCUGGUGAAAGCACAGACAAGAGCCCUCCUUGUGAAGUCCUAGUGAACAUAAUUGCCGUGCUCAAUAAUCUGACUGUAGCUGGACCCCUGGCAGCCCGAGAUAUUGUAUACUUCAAUGGGCUCAGCAAAUUGAUGUACAUAAAGAGGAAGCGAGAUAACCCAGACAGUGAGAAGUGUUCCCGAGCUGCAUCCAGUCUUCUGACAAACAUGUGGCAGUACAGCAAGCUGCACCGGGACUUCAAGGCGAAGGGAUACCGGAAAGAAGAUUUCCUUAGCUCAUGAUAUGUUCACAGCCAACCACACUAGUGCCUACUUCCUUCUUCUCCGCCGAAGAUCACUGAGAAAGCACUGAUUCACCGAGUACUUCCCCGACCGCGCUUGUACAUUUUUGGCACUCUAAAUGCAACACAGCAGUGUUUGUGGGGGGCAGUGUGUAUAUCUAGAUGGGGGAAGGGGUUAAAAAGAUGUAGAUAAGUGCAUCUGCUUUUAUUUUGUAUAAAAAAAAAAAAUAUUGAAAAUGAAAUAAAUGAAAAUGAAUGUAUGGGCUUGUAUGUAAAACAUAAACCCGACCUUUGGGUGUGUCUGGGUUUGUAUAUUUAAUACAUGCGAACACGUGCUAAGCUGGAGAACUAAUGCUUGCUGAUUUUGUACUUUUCUGUACGUAACUAGCCUUGUCGGUGGGCUCCCGACAUGUCUGUUUUAGCAAACGCUUGUAUUGCAUCUCUUUCUUCGAACUAUGCAUUUGGCUGUCCUCUGUUCUUCCUCCUAGAAAUGUGUGAAUACAUUAAAAGGGAUUUCCAGGUUUGUAAUAUCAAUGGCUGAUAUCAGGCAUGCUCAAACGGCGGCCCUCCAGCUGUUGCAAAGCCUACAGCUAUUAGGGCAUGCUGGUAGUUGUAGUUUUGCAACAGCUGGAGGGCCGCAGUUUGGGCAUCCCUGGCCUAUAUCAUUGCGGUGGGUCUGACUCCUACCGAUCCGAUGUUUGAUAGGACUAUGGGAGUUUGUGUGAGUGCCACGGCGUCUAUUUAGUAGUGGCAGUGCGGCUUUAUAUUAUUCAAGUCAUCAAGGGCAUGUAGGUAAACAAAUGAUGAAACUGCAGCACUUGCUCCUGGUCAUCAAUACUCCAAACCUGGAAAAACCCCUUUAACAAAUGGGCGUUGCCAUUCCCCGUGUCAGUAAGGCGUGUCCCUGUACACUAUGACACUGUCCAAUCAGUUUUCAGUGUUUGAGUAUGUACAGACAAUAACCUAUUGACAAGAGGAAUAGUAACAGCCAGUUAGUAUAUUUAUACAAUUCAAGGAGGAAUAAGAGAGGAUUGUCACACUGCAGCUCCUAUCAAUUUUUUUUUAAAAUCUAAUCCAGUACAUAGAAAUCCUGUUCAGCUGCUGUAGUUCUAGAAGUUUUCUAGGUGGAGCUGAGUGAUGGCCGAUAUGGCCACCGCUACCGUCUGCUCCUCAAUGGAAACUCCAGUUGUAUUGGCAUAAAUAGAUUUGCCAUUGAGGAGACUAGUAAAGCUGUCUGACAACCCAUACGGGAGAUGGAAUGGAAGCCAUAUUGGUUGUCAUUUACUGAAAAAAAAAAAGGAAAAGCUGAAUGUAAUUUUUCAGUCGGGGAUGUAUUUACUGGUGAUUUUUAUAUAUUUUUUUAAAA